AUGAUGUCCACUGCCGUCACCUGUCUUCUGACGUCCCUGCUGUUUGCCAGCACCACCCAGGUGGAGGUUCACCAGUACAAGCAAGUCUCUGUGCCUGAAGGUGGCACGGCCAUACUGGGAUGUCUGAUGGAUGGCGGGGAUAUUCAGGAUUUCCACAUUCAAUGGUUCAAGCAAUUGGCGAGUGCGGCCCCUAUAUUUAUUCUCUUCCACGGAAAUGACUCCGUCAUCCACUGGUCGGAUGCAGCUCUGGGACGCUACCGGCCAAUCAGGAACAGCAGCCAUGCCCAUUUCUUGCAGGUCACAAAUGUCACAGUGGAGGACAGUGCCCGAUACUGGUGUCUGCUUACAAGGAAUGGCUCCUAUCCAGUCUGGGGGGACGGAACGCAGCUCAGUGUGUAUGGUGGUAAAGGUGUCCAGGCACCGACCGUGUCUCUCUUGAGCAGUCAAGACUCUGCGGAUUCCUCUGGUGUUCUCUAUGCAGUGUGUUUGGCCACUGGAUUUUACCCUUCGGUGAUAGAGAUCACGUGGAGGUUUGAAGGUGAACCUUUCCAAGGGAACAUUAUUUCAGGAUCCUUUCUAGAAGAAGGAGACAGCGUCUAUGCUAUAAUAAGUAUCCUAGAGCUCACAUCACAAAGUACAAGAAAUCUCUCAGCUUUUUCUUGUGAAGUGCGUCAUGAUUCCUCAAGGACUGUCCUCCACAAGGAUCUACACCACUGUUACAGAGACACAUCUAAUACUGAUUGA